UCCUGGGACACAGCCAUGCUCAUUCAUUUGCGAUUAUCUGUGAGUGUUCUCGCAUGGCAACUACAGAUUGGAGUGGCUGUGACAGAAACCACGUGGCUUGCAAAGCCCGAAAGAUUUACUCUGUGACCCUCCCACGAAAAGUUGGCUGAGUGAGCCUGGUUAGCAGGACAUUCCUUUUCUGUUCAGUAACAGCAUAACUGCGUGGUGUGCAUCGCAUUUCUCAUUGUAAACGGCCCAGAAUCUUCCAUGGGAUGGUAGCACAAUCUUUCCUUAACCACUGUCCUUCUGCCGAACUGUUAACCUUGAAUCUCUGUUUUCCCCUCUGUAGAACUCACAUUUGCAAAUGUAUUAUUUAUUUAACAAGCACUUGCAUAACCCAUUCUGUGUGCCAGAACUUUCUAAGGACUUUGAAUAUCACUGCCUUCAUUCUCAGAUCAGUGACAAAAAGUUCGUACCGUUACUGUUCCCUUUUUACAGAGAAAGUGAAACCAAAGGAGUUGGUCUAGGUCGAUGAGGCUGCACAGCUGCGCGGCGACAAAGCCAGGUUUGAAAGCUGGCACGUGGGCUGCUGGCCCGCGCAGGUACCAUGACUCAGCAGCCCCAGGAGGGCUUCGACAGGAGCAUGGAGGCCGCCCAGGAGUGGAUGAAGGCGGUGCAGGAGCGGCUGCAGGUCAAUGACAACACCCAGGGCCCCCGUGUGGUCCUGGAGGCCAGGCUGCGGGAGACAGAGAAAAUAUGCCAGCUGGAGCCCGAGGGCCGCGUGAAGCUGGACCUGGCACUGCAGGCAGCAGAAGCCUUCCUGGUACAUUGCCCCGAGGAGCAGAAGCCCAAGAUCCUGGCCCGGCUGAGAGACCUCAAGGCCGAGUGGGAGGAGACGGUCACCUACAUGACUCACUGCCACAGCCGCAUCGAGUGGGUGUGGCUGCACUGGAGCGAGUACCUGCUGGCCCGAAAUGAGUUCUACCGCUGGUUCCAGAAGAUGACGGUGACGCUGGAGCCCCGCGUGGAGCUGCAGCUGGGCCUGAAGGAGAAGCAGUGGCAGCUGAGCCACGCCCGGGUGCUGCUGGACAACGUGGACAGCCAGGCCGCACUGCUCGGCCGCCUGCUGGAGGAGGCGGCCUCCCUGGUCCACAGGGUCAGGGACCCCAGCGUGGACGAGGACGCCCAGAAGAGGAUGCAGACCCAGUACGAUGCCAUGAAGGCCAAAGCCCAGGACCGGGUGGACCUGCUGGAGCGGGUGGCCCAGGAGCACGAGCAGUACCAGGUGGAGGUAGACGAGUUCCAGCAGUGGCUGAGGGCGGUGGUGGAGAAGGUGAACGGCUGCCUGGGGCAGAAUUGCCAACUGACCACCGAGGACCGCCUGUCCCUGCUGCAGGACAUUGCCAAAGAGUUUCCCAGGGGCGAGGAGUCUCUGAAGAGGCUGGAGGAGCAGUCUGUGGGUGUCAUCCAGAACACCUCUCCUUUGGGUGCAGAGAAGAUCUCGGGAGAGCUGGAGGAGAUGCGGGACGUUCUGAAGAAGCUCCGGGCCCUCUGGGAGGAGGGAGACGGGCAGCUGCGAGGCCUGCUCGAGUCCAGGGACGCUUCUGAGCAGCAGGUCCGGCAGCUGAAGGCUGAGCUCGGCGAGUUCAAGAAAAGCCUGCAGAGGCUGGCCCAGAAGGACCUGGAGCCCUUGGCGAAGAAGGGGACUGAGGACGAGCUGGUGGCUCGCUGGAGAUGUGCCUGGGCGACGCAGGUGGCGCUGGCCUCGGAGGAGCCCCGGGUGCACUGGCUGCAGGCCCAGCUGAAGGAGCUCAUCGUCUUCCCCCACGACCUGCAGCCGCUCCUGGACAGCGUGGUGGCCGCCAUCCAGGAGUACCAGAGACUGAAGGGCAAGAGCUUCCGGCUGCGCAGCAUGGCUGGCAGGGAGCUGUGGCACCGUUUCCAGCGGCCCCUGCGGGACCUGCAGCCGUGGAGGGACCUGGCCCAGCGGCUUCUGGAUGUCACCACCAGCCUGCCUGACCUGGCCUCCAUUCACACCUUCCUGCCCCAGAUCGAGGCAGGCCUGGCGGAAAGCUCCCGCCUGAAGGAGCAGCUGACGAUGCUGCAGCUGAAGAAGGACCUGCUGACCAGUAUCUACGGCCAGGAGAGAGCCACAGCCCUCCUGGAGCAGGUGGCCAGUUCCACCAGGGAGCGGGACCUGCUGCAUAACAGUCUUCUGCAGAGGAAGAGCAAGCUGCAGAGCUUGCUCGCUCAGCACAAGGACUUCGGAGCUGCCUUCGAGCCAUUGCAGGCGAAGCUCCUGGACCUGCAAGUCCGCCUUCGAGCCGAGUAUGCACUUCAGCGAGACCUGCCUGGAAAGCAGGCCCAGCUCUCGAGGCUGCAGGAGCUGCAGGAAGAGGGGCUGGACCUGGGGGCACAGCUGGAGGCUGUGCGGCCUCUAGUCCAGGGGAAUCCCAACCACCAGCACAAAGUGGACCAGCUCUCGUCUGACUACCAGGCCUUGCAGAGGUCUCUGGAGGAUCUCCUGGCCUGGCGUCAGCAGAGCGUGCGGGAGCACCACACCUUCCGACAUGAGCUGCUGGAGCUGCAGCAGUGGAUGGCCGUGGUCGCACAGAGGCUGGAGUCCCAGCAGGGGGACGUGGGCCUGCAGGACCUGCUGGACGCCGGGUGCCGGGAGGCCGAGGUUGAGAGGCUGGUGGCCGAGUUCCUGGAGAAGGAGGCCCAGCUGCCCCUGGUCAGUGCGCAUGGCCAGCUGGUGAUAGAGAAGUCAUCUCCCGAGGGAGCCGCCGAGGUCCAGGAGGAGCUGAGGGAGCUGGCAGAGUCGUGGCAGGCCCUGAGGCUGCAGGCAGACGGCCUACUGAGCCUCGUCAGGGACUGGCAGCUGCAGAGGAUGGAGGUGGAUUCAGGGAAGAAAAUGGUGUUCACCAACAACAUCCCGAAGUCUGGGUUUCUUAUCGACCCCAAGGACCCCCUCCCCAGGCAGCGGCGUGGGGUGAAUGUGCUCUGGGAAGAGGAAGGCAGCCGUGAAGAUUUCUCUCAGCUCCUGAGGAACUUUGAGCAGUGGUUGCAGGCAGAAAAUUCCAAGCUGGUUAGACUCAUGGCAACGAGAACUGCCACAGCCAAGGAUGUGAGGACCAGCCAACGGGAGCUGCAGGCGCUGGAGGCUCGGGUCCCAGAAGGUCAGCAUCUCUUCGAGCGCCUCCUUCACCUCAGACCAGCGAGGGAGGCCUCCGAGGAGCAGGAAGAUCUGCGUUACCAGUGGAUGCUGUACAAGUCCAAGCUUGGGGACGCCAGAGUCCUGCUGACACAGAAUUCUCCUGGGGAGUCGGCUGGAUUCCAAAAGGCUCGGCGGGGGCGAGGACUCUGCCCCCUGCUCCGGAAGGCCUGCUGCCUCGCGCUGCCACUGCAGCUGCUGCUGCUCCUCUUCCUCCUCCUGGCCUUCCUGCUCCCCAUGGGGGAGAAGGACCGCAGCUGCACCCUGGCCAACAACCUGGCCCGCUCCUUCACCCUCAUGCUCCGCUACAACGGCCCUCCACCCACUUAGCCCCCCGGGGUGCUCAGGGACUCGCUCCUCCAACCUCCAGCGGUCCUGGGACGCCGGAGAAUGCCCCCCUGGAGAAACUGGAAACAGGCGAGAGACCACAGAGCUGCGUACCGUGUCCACACCCGGCUCCAAGUUCCCGACUUCUGUACAGCGUGGACGGUUCCUGUUUACACCAAGCGUGUGCAGUGUGACCCGGCGCUGCCAUUGAACUUUCAUUCGCCCCAUAUGUAAACGCCCUGCAGCAUCGUUUCCUGUAUGCCGUGGACUUAUAGUUUGGGGAAGGCCUAGCAGUGUCAUUUUCCAGUCAAAUCUGGUAGCACUUUUGCCUCAGCUGGCAGUGAGUCCUGCAAGGUAGGGACGAUGACAUGUCACCUUCAUGGCAAGCUCUUAUCCAGAAGCCACCCCAAGCUCAGAAGUUAGAGUGACGGCCUCGAGCUGCCUCUGGGAGAGCAGCAGGGCCUACACUCAGGGCCCAGAGAUGCUUCCCGCAGAGGGCAGCAGCCUGCCUGGUUUCGUCGCCUGCGAAGCAUAGACGCCGUGGGUUAGAAGUAGCAAUGGCCAUGACAGCAGUGGAAGUGACCAGUGGUAGGCUGAUGUGAAGGGAGGAAAAGAACUCCAGGGAGCAGACCUGGAACCCAAGAGGCGCUGCGUGCAGGAGCCCUGACGCCGGCUCAGCAGCCUCUGGCCAGCGCUGCGUUCCCGGGCACGGCCUGAGUCUUUAGGGAGUGCUCACACCAUGCCUGAGUUGUAAGACCUCGCACAGAGUGGUGACAGCACACGCCUCACUGUGCCAGGAUGGACACAUCUCCUCCAUUGUUCUUCAACUGAGUCCUCAGCGUCUGGAACUCGAGCUGAGGGGAGAAGGGAAGAGCCUGCCGCACCGCAGACUAGAGGUUGAGAGUCCAAGCCAGGGCCGCGGGACGCCGUGUUGGAGCGUGGCUUGUCUGAUGGGUCUUCCUGCCCUCCCCGGGAGCGGCGUCAGAGACAGGCAGGUGGACGGGCAGGAACGUCCCCCACACCCCAAUGUAGAGCCAGGGUCUAGGCCACCCAAACCAGGCACUUUCCAGCAGGGUCUGGUAGAUGGGGCUCUGUGCACCCCCGGGGAUGGGCUGGGCAACUCUGCUGGGCACUGAGGCCAGAACCACAUCCCUUGUCUCCAGGGACCUGCAGGUGGUUCCUGAGUGCUUUGAAAGUGGGCCAUGUUUUCCCCAAAUCAACACUAAAUGUCCCCUUUUACCAAUAUACAUAGUGUCCAGUCUUCACAAGUGGAUUUUUGAGGGCCCAGAGGAGAUGUUUUUCAGGCCUUCUGUCAGACUUUGCAUCAAAGUGACCCUGAAAAGGCCACAAAACAGAAAAGAAAUGGAGGCCCUAAGAGGGUCUUGAACCCAGCACCUCCUCUCCCGCCUUCUGUCUCACACAUACCCUCCCAUCCUAGCACCAGGCCCAGCCCGGGUACCGCUCUCUCCACAGGGACCCAGGCCCAGAACAAGGCAGAGCCGGACAUUCCAGGGCAGAGAACAGCGCCGUGUGGAGAGCGCUGGGCACUGACCCAGGAGCACGCUCUUCUCAGCUGUUUGGACAGCGGCCACUUUACUGGACAAUCAGGGCUGAGGGCUCGAGCUGAGGCCACGUGCUCCCUGGGUCGCUCUGGCUAGGGGACUUUGAACGUUUCCAUUCCCACGCUCCCCACUUCAUAGGUGAGAAGACAGGCCAGCGAGGGGCAGUACCUCACCUGUGGCCACACAGCGAGAGGCUGCAAAGCUGGAGCAGAACCAGCCACCUCAGCCCCUCACUACAGCACGACCCCCCACAGCAGCGACAUCCAAAAGAAAACUGCCCGUUGUCCACGCGGCUGCGAGAAACGCGCUCCUGCUCGGGAGGGAGAAACCGCAGCGUACGGGCCGGCGGGCGGGGACACCUAUUAUCUAUACUUUUAAAACUUGAUAACAAUGCCAUAAACUGCUUAUUUACGUAACUGUUUUUAAAAGGAAAAUUGAUAUUUUGAUUACUUUUAUAUAAAGACAGUUAUAAUGUGC